ACCACGCGUCUCCAGGCCUGGAGUCAAACAACGUCGAGCUGGCUCGCCCAGCAGGCCCACCGUGAUUCUUUCGAUGUGCCGCUACUGUCGGUCCACUAUUUUCAGCGACUUCUUUCCUUUUCCUUUCAUAUCUUCUCUUGCAAGGCGUUCCCGCCCUAUACUAUAGCUACUAGCUUUAAGAUCCUCACCACCAGCAGUUCACAAUGCAUUUUAGGACAGGCCGCAGCUCGGACGGCCGCGCUGCACCAGGAACUCGUCCGGUGCCAGAAGGCCUCACCAAUGAGCAAAUCAAACGUGCCACGAAGCCCCGCCAGCGUUGGGCCAACAUCACUAUCGUUUUCCUCUUCAUCACCGUCGUCUUCCUAAUCCUCCUCGAGAUCGGAAGCACAUACAACAGGCCCGUCCUCAGAGACUGGUACUUCAUCCGGAUUGAUCUCUCUAACAUAGUUCCGGCCUCUGUUCCGAAUUACAACCUCAUUAACACCAUUGCACAGUCCCUUGGCCUGCAUGAUUUCUACCAGGUCGGACUGUGGGGCUUUUGCUCUGGGUACAGAGACCAGGGCGUCACCUAUUGCUCGCCACCGCAGACAAUGUACUGGUUCAAUCCUGUGGAGAUCCUAGCCAACGAGCUUCUCGCCGGCGCUUCCAUCAACCUCCCUUCACACAUCAACGACAUCCUGGACCUCAUCAGGAUCGCCUCCCACGUCAUGUUCGCGUUCUACCUUACGUCCGCCAUCCUCUCGACCGUCCUCCUUUUCUUCGUCCGCCUUGCAACUCGCAGCCGCCUCUACAGCCUUCCCAUUGCAACCUUCUGCAUCAUCAACGCGCUCCUCGUCAUCGUCGCAUCCGUCAUCGCAACCGCCAUGUUUGUCAUCUUCCGCAACGUCAUAAGCGGCGUUGCGGAGCUGAAUAUCAGCUCUGAACUGGGCCUGUCGAUGUUUGUGUUUAUGUGGAUAGCUAGCGCAUUUGCACUUGCGACUGCGCUCAUUCACUCGGGACUGUGCUGCUGUGGGACUAGCAGGAGGGACAUUCGGACCGGGAGGAAGACGCGGAAGCUUAAGCUGCUCAGCAACACGAAUAAUGAGAAAGCGGGAAAGGCGGAUGACCGGGGAGCAAGAGGCGGCGUCUGCACUGUGGACGAAGAAUGCCAAGCGAACGGCACGGCGCAGGAGAGGAGCUUCACAUCUACCUCCAACGGUGCAUGUGCGCCGAACUUGCCCUCGUCCGAGUCGGUCUGGAAACGCAGUAUCCGGCGCGUCUAGUCGGCGCUAAGGCGCGGCCUGGUGUC